AUGGUCAUAAAACUUUAUACUACUCCUAAACGUGGCCACAAAUUAGGGAGUGCGAGGGCAACAUGGUCCAAGAUCAAAUGUGCUACAACGGCAACUACAUCGUCGUCUUUGACUACUUCCAACGAAACAAACGGUAGUAACGGGAAUAGUACUAGUAAUAACGGUAGUUUAUCACUUCCGUCCUCAAAAUCAAAUUCACCUUCUCCUUCUUGUGGUUUGUCUCCUCAACUAUCAGAAAAUGACGAAGAACAACCCAAAACCGAAAAGAGUGCUUUGAAUAACUUGGUAGUGGCCUUUGGUGAUAAUAACGAUGUUUACAUUUAUUUCAGCCGCUAUCAAAAAUUGGAAGUUUGGCGUUGGACAGAUGAUGAAUCUUUAUCCUUUGUAAACCAAUUGGAUCUUUCAAAAUGGCUUGCUAAGGGUCUCAAAGUAACUAAAAUGCUAAUUCUUAAAUCAUAUUCACAAUUACUACUUGUGACUUCAAAGAGUGGUUUAAUCUACGAUUUGGAUACUGAGGGGGGUUUAGUUGUGAAAUCAUUCCCAUUCUCAGAUCCAAAUGAGAUCACUAAUUGUGCAAUUAUGGGCAAGUAUUUGAUUUUCGACACUAAUGGUAAGUUGACUAUUUAUAAGCACGAUGCCAAUACCACAGAGUAUAAGGAAUUACAUAUUCCCAAUGUUCAAAGUCAAGCAGGAAUAAAUAUUGCACCUCCAUAUACAUUACAAACCUCAGCAUAUAAAGGGGUCGGAGUUUAUGCAAUCCAUCAAAAUUGGUUGGUGUAUUCUCCAACAAAGGAAGAGUAUAAGGUUUUGAAAUCUACAACUUCUAAACAUAAGAAGGCAAUUAAAAGGCAAGAAAAACUAGCCAAUAAAAAUAAAAAAGUCAAUGUUGAUGAAUAUAUAAAUGGUUCAGCCAAUGCAUUAUUGUUAGCUCUGGAGAAUGAUAAAUCUGGUCUGACAUCAACAUCUCGUAGGGGAUCACUGUCGAAAUCAUCCACCAAUGAAAUAGAUUCCUUGGAUGAUAAUAUCGUAUUCACACCAGUGAAGCUACCACCACCAGGGCCAUUACUUAAUAAAGUUUUGAAUUCGCUAUCCAAUCAAGCAUUGGAUGGGUUAUUUAAGCUAGGUGAAGCUGGAUCAAAACAGUUAAAGCUGUAUUUACAACAACAGCAACAGCAGCAAUUACUGCAUCCUCAACCUCAAGAAUCAAUGUCUAUCAAUGAUUUGGGUAAAACGUUGGGGAAAAUGCUCUUUUCAACUGCAAAAUCAACUGCUAAGGAAAUAACAAAACAAACAAAACAUGUGACAUCACUGGCUACGUCUGCGGUGCAACAUCAAUUAGCUCAAGCAUCUCAAUCCCAUAAUAAUGGUCAUGGGAAUGGGAGUCUCAUUUCAAGUGAAGAUCCAAAACAAGAUGGCUUUGUACGUAGUUCUUCAUCUGUGAAUGAGGAAGAAACAUUGAACUCUUCAACUCCAAUAGAACUGAACCAACUAGUAAAAAUUGUGGAUCUUGAAAAUGAUAAGGUAUUGGGGCUUUUCCGUGCCCCUGGAGGUGAUUUGGCUCAUGUUUCACUUUCACCUUACGACAUGCAUUUGGUAACUGUUGGUUCAAGAGGCGAUACGUUUUACUUAUGGGACUUAUAUCAGUUACCAAUCGAAAUCAGUCUUGUUGGGAAAUUUCAAAGAGGGAAGACAAGUGCAAAGAUUAUUGAUAUUGUUUGGUUGAACCAAAUGAAGGCCAAUGACUAUUCUAAAACUAAACGUAACAGAAUUGGAUCACGAAAUAAAACUAUGAUGAACAAUGACACUGCCAAAGGAGAUUCUCAAAAAGAUAUUAAUGGAGAUAAACUGGGAGUCUGUUCUGCGACUUAUGGGUUUGGUUGUAUUACUAAAUCACAUGGACUGGUUCAUUGGUUUGACUUGAAUUAUUUAAGUCUGACUGGCCAAAAGAAACCAAAUACGGACUCAAACAACUGGAUUCUUUCGUCAAUUGAUGCUAGAAAGUUUGCUAAAGUACCUCUGGUAGAAAGUGGUUCGAUAUGUUCUCAACCAGGUAGUGAAGAGUUGGCGAUUCUUGAUGAAGCUCUUGAUUUGAUUCUUGUUUCACCAGCAACGGGGUCAUCGCUUUAUAAGUUUCAAUUCCCUCGUUCACCACUAAGUCCUGACCUUGUGGGUUCAGCUAGAGCUGAAGCAUUAAAGCAAAAUUAUUCCACAAAUGAUCAACAAUUUCCUAUCACCGAUACGUUUAGUGACUCUGAUGGAGAUAGAGGAGACAAUAACAAUAAUGAUGAUACUAAUGUAGUGGAAAAGCCACAGAUCAAGUAUUUCUUUGAUCAUUUGUCUCAAGUGGAAAUGGAAUCGUGUGUUCCUUAUACUCAUGCUAUCAACAAUCCACGUCUCAGUCUUCAUAACUACAAGAUCACUGAAUGCAAUGACCAUGAUCAAUUCCAUGGGUUGAUUGACCAAUAUUUUGGAGAAGAUUUUGGUAAUGAAAUCGAUGCUACUCCUGUCCCAGUGAUUGGAGUAUCCAAAGUAUGGUAA